CUAGAAUGGUGACCACAUUUACAAACAAAGGUCUGCUUUAAAUUCAGAUCCUGCAGGUUGGUGUGCGCCACCGGUUCAUGACUGGACAGGCUCUGUUGUAUCACUGGUGAAGUCACAUGUCAUUCCUGUUUGCUCUCCUUCUGCCAGUGGGUGUAUCCCUUGUAUGCACACACCCGACUGCCUGUGUUGCCUAAGUAAAUCUGACAUGUGGGUCUUGUCAUCAUUGCUCACACAGAUCUCUAGGAACUACAGCAGCCUCAUCAGUCAACAGUUUCAGCCCAAAUAGGAAAUCCACCUUGACCUGAUCACAAGACUGGUUACUAGCGAAGGAAUCUCUCUUUCACUUUCUCCUGAGAAAUGACAUGAUAAUGGGGCCAUCAGAUUACUAACCUGGAUUUACCAUAAAAGAUUCAGUAUUUAGUGAAUGAGGGACUCUUCACUUAAAGCAGGUGAAUGGCGCGGUACCACUGCUACUGGCGUAAAGUGUUAAUGUGUGUGUGCACCCCAUGCAUCUGCCUGGCUCUCCUGUUUGUCUAUAUUACUGUCAUGUUGUGUAUGGACAUGACUACCACUGCAACGGCUGGAAAACAAAUCUUGGAAGCUCAUUACUUUGUGGCCCCAGGAACUUUGAGGAACAAGAGCGUUGCUGCACUCCCUAAAACUUUCUGGAAGCUCUACUCGAAUGGAGAUGCCUUUUGGAAUCAGCUCCAGCUGGCUAUUGACCGCCGUUUCAACCCCAUCCUGCGCCCAAACAACAUCAAGAUGGGAUCUGAAGAUGCCACCUUUCAUGAGUCCCUACUGAGCCAAAGUUUCUCUGAAGUUAUCAACUUGGAGCAGAGAAACUUUGACAAGCUACCACAACAGUUGCAGGACUUUAUGAGACACAUGCAAAAGAGGGACUACCCAAUCGUCUUCCAGCCAGAUGGAGUAUGUGGAGCUGGGGUAAAAGAUGAGAAGGAGGCCCCUCUGCUUCUCCUGGCCAUCAAAACAACGGAGCUGAGUUUUAAGAAUCGACAGGCCAUUCGACAGACCUGGGGUCAGGUGGGAUGGAUAGCAGGACAGAAGAGUAACCGCAGUAGAGGAGUAGAAAGUGGAGGUUACGUCCGCAGGGUGUUCCUGCUGGGCAAAGAAGACCCUGAGGAGCUGGGUAUGAAUUUAUCUGAGUUACUACAUAUGGAGAGUAAACAUUAUGGAGACAUUCUACAGUGGGACUUCAAAGAUACAUUUUUCAAUCUCACCUUGAAAGAUGUGCUCUUUUGGAACUGGUUUUCCCACUUCUGUAAUCGGACCCACUUUGUUCUUAAGGGGGAUGAUGACGUUUUUGUCAACACUCCAAAAAUGAUAGCCUACCUCCAGGACCAACUAAGGAAACCAGAAGCACACAAGACCAUAAAUGAAUUCAUGACUGGAGAUGUAAUAGAUGCAGCUGUGCCCCAUCGAGUCAACAAGUCCAAGUACUUCAUCCCAGAGGGCUUCUACAAGGGUUACUAUCCCACGUAUGCUGGUGGGGGAGGGGUAAUAUACUCAGGCGUGCUGACCCAAAGACUACACCACAUUUCUAAAAGGGUUCACCUUUUCCCAAUUGAUGACGUUUAUGUAGGGAUGUGUAUGACUAGACUUAAUGCUUACCCUAUACACAACCCUGCCUUCCUCACAUUUGACUUUCCCGAAAAGGAAGAGGAUGAGCCGUGUUCAUAUCACAAAAUCCUGCUGGUCCACAAACGAAGCCCCAGCCAGCUCAUUAGGCUGUGGGCUGAUAUGAAAAAGACACUGCCACAGUGUUGGGAUGUGCCCCUGAGAGCUGAAAUCGAGAAGGUAAACAAACCAGAACGGCAAGACUAGAGUAGUUUGUCUCAUGUAGAAUUUGGCUGCUACAGUCUGAUUUUUGAUUUUUGAUGAGCUCAGGUAAUUUUAGACUAUUAAUAAUAAUAAGUUAUAUUUGUUUAACACUUAACAAAACCAGUGGUACAAAGUGCUUUACACCACACAGAUAAACACAUGAAGAAAAUACACAAUAAUGUAUGAUUUACAACAGGCGUGAGGAAGGAGCAGAAGCACAAGGGUAAAAUGUAAAAACACUGGGUGUCAAUUCAAAACUUAAGUACAAUGUUUACAAAUAAAUAAAUAUAGUGUAGCCCAAAAAAUUAAAAAUAAUUUUUAAACAAACCAAGAUUAAACAUACUUUUGCAUAAGAACUCACUAUUACCACAUAUAUUAAAUAUUUCUUUUUUUAUUUUAAAAUGCAGUCCUCCUCCCUUUUGGACAGCAGUACCACUCUUCACAACAUGAGAUAUGUGAAUUGUGAAAUUAACUUUUAAUUUUUUUUGAAACUAUAGAUCAUGAGCACGACCAUCUUCUUUUACCUUUUAUCCGGUUAUAUCACUGCUCUUGUAAAUUUCAAUCUACACAUAUGACUGCAUUACCUCAAAAUGAUAAUAGCGGUGGCAUGAUGCUGGCUACAGUGUAUUCUCUAGCUCAUCAAACUUAAAUUCUGCAAGUUAAUUGUCGUGCGGGACUGAAAUAAAUGAGAGAGAGAAUGCUAAACUAAAACCUUAACCUUAAAACAGCAACGUAAGCACAAGGAGAGAAGAGUCACAAAACAGUCAGUUCACAUUAGUCACCAUAAGCUGGUGCUUGUAUCAGACCAACAAAGCCAUGUAAUGAAUUGAGCAAUGGUGUGUUUUAUUAAUUAUGAAUUCAGCUAAUCAUUUCCACGAGGCAAAACGUGAUCGCUUCCCUAAAGUGUGCCUCAAACUGCAAAUUGCCUACAGUUAUGUACAUACAGUGUAUAAUCAGUGCAAGUGAUCAAGUUCAAGUGAUCAUUGUUAAGAUGAGUUUGAGUUUACAGAGACUGAGUGAGUUUGAGAUUAGUGCCAGAUUCCAGUGCUGUUUUACUGUAUUGUGAAAAGUUAAUCUUGCCAUAGAAAACUGGGAUGAAUGUGUAAAAUCCACACUCGCUCUGAGGGUUUUAAAUGCAGUUUUAUGAAAUACUAAACUAUUUUAUUAAUUAUUGCUUGUAUUGACAGGAAUCAUAUAGGGCUUUUAAUAACUCAUUUCAGGAAUGUAUGUAGCAUUAAUGUGACAAGAAAAGAGCUGAUAAAAAUGUUGACAAAUUCAUCUGUGCUGCUAUUAAUUAUUAACAUGUGCUCACAAGACAGUGUUCUUUUUUGUAUGCAAAUUAAACUACCAUUGACAAUGACAAUAAUAAAACAUUUUUUAUAAA